GAUUUUUAACUUUGUACACCCCAGUCCAACACCGGCAUCUCCAAAUCGUAAGAAGAGCCGUGUGGGAUUGGCUAGAUACAAAAAAAACGGGAGAUGCUGGAAUCCAAAGUAGGUUUGCACCCGAAACGUUGACUUCUCCACGUCCUGAUGCUGCCUGUCUUGCUAUGCGGGGUUGGAUACCUUAGAUUGAUAGGUUGUGGUAGACAUCGAGGGCCGGGAACAGUUUAAUCCGUUAUAGACUUGCCACAUGUUUAUGUGGAUGUUGUACCUCCUCAUGCCAAGUAGUCAGUUCUCCCUUUUUUAAAUGGAAAUGUGGAUCGUUUGUGGAGUUUGGUUUAAUGAUGUGCUCAUUCGACUUGUAGGUUAAAAAUUAGUACCACAGCAAUUUGUUUCGCUAAAAAAUAUGACAAAUAAAAAGAACACAUAAACGACAAGCUAAGUUAUUGAGUAACUAACGGAAGGGAUUGCACACUGUUCCUGUCGUGGCUGCAGAUGGCAGUAGCCGCGGGACACGGAGUAGAUUGUUCAAAUAAAGAACUGUUUAAGCACGCGCUCCGGAUCUGACCGGAGCAGGCCGGGUCUGGGGCCAGGGCGGCUGCUGCAUCGAUCAACGGCACGGCUGCGAGGAAGAGAUGGAGGAGGAGGAAAAUGCUUCAGGGUCCGUCCGCUGGAAAGCCCAUCAUCAGUGUCCGAAGUCGGCCUCUCGCUCGGGGCCGUCAGUGUGAUUCAGCGGCCGGAGUGAACGUGAAACACCAGCUGGCUCGCCCCGGUAGUUGUACCGAGUGAGUUCGGUGUGGGCACUUUGCCGACAUUAAACACAGCCUGUUACAUAUUCAAACAUGCAAAACUUCAGGAUUGACUACACAUACAAGCAACAAGUUCAUGGGUUUAAAUGAUCAUACUGUGCAUGAGAACAACUUUGUUCUGGGACUGCUACAUCUCAAUGUGGAAAGCACUGACAAACUGCUACAUGUGAUAACAUCUUGGUCAAUGGUGGAAAAUACAGCAAUGGAUAAAGGGUACUCUACUACAGAGAAUGCUGUUGAGUGGAUAAUGCAAGACUCUGACAACUUGGAUUCAGACAAUGAAUUGGAGCAACAGGGAAUUGCCAUGUUGGAGGCUGGUCCUUUAAAUAAAGCUCAUCAACAGCUUUGUAGAUCACCAGGCUUAGAAUCAAAUCUACUAAAAUGCACUGAGGUUCUACAGGAUUUCAAAAUAGAUGGUGAACCAAAACCAAAGCAAGAUUUAAGAUCAACUGAUGAUGAUAAAGACUACAAAACCAAAAUGGAGUUUGCACUGAAACUUGGAUAUUCUGAAGAGCAGGUACAGCUUGUCCUAAAUAAAUUGGGAACAGAUGCUCUUCCAAAUGAUAUGCUAGGCGAACUUGUUAAGCUGGGGAAUAAACUUGAUUCUGAUACUUCCUGUGGCACAAGUAACCCUGGAACUAUGACUCCACGUGAUACAACUUCAACAGAUUCGCAAAGAUCUGACUCUCCUAUAGAAGAAUUGGUGGAUGAUGGUGAUAAUCUAAAGCCUGUGGUCAUUGAUGGUAGUAAUGUGGCAAUGAGUCAUGGUAACAAGGAAGUGUUCUCCUGUCGAGGUAUUAAGUUAGCAGUGGACUGGUUUUUGGAAAGAAGUCAUAAAGAUAUCACUGUGUUUGUGCCUGCCUGGAGGAAGGAACAGUCAAGGCCUGAUGCCCUCAUCACGGAUCAAGAAAUCCUGCGCAAGUUGGAAAAGGAUAAAAUUCUAGUCUUCACACCAUCCCGGCGGGUACAAGGGCGGAGAGUGGUUUGCUAUGAUGAUCGCUUCAUAGUGAAAUUGGCUUAUGAAUCCGAUGGCAUCAUUGUGUCAAAUGAUAACUACAGGGAUUUGCAGAAUGAAAAGCCAGAAUGGAAAAAAUUCAUAGAUGAAAGAUUGCUUAUGUAUUCUUUUGUUAAUGACAAAUUCAUGCCACCUGAUGAUCCUUUGGGUCGCCAUGGCCCCAGCUUGGAUAACUUUCUGAGGAAGCGGCCUGUUGUUCCUGAACAUAAGAAGCAGCCAUGUCCAUAUGGAAAAAAGUGCACUUAUGGCCACAAAUGUAAAUACUACCACCCAGAACGAGGUACACAGCCUCAACGUUCUGUGGCUGACGAACUUCGUGCUAGUGCAAAGAACUCAAUAAUGAAAACCACUAAUGACGGUUUGGUGAAGAGCAACAGUGUUCCAACUAAUACCAAGACUGAAGGCAUGUUUGAUGUCAAGUGUACAGCUCCAAAAAGACAGUCUGACCCAAGUAUACAAGCCCCUCUUUAUAAUGAGGUUGAAGAAAAACUCAGCAAUAAAACCAGAUUGGAAACCAGGUCUGUGCCUUCUCUUCUUGGUGCAUCAAAUCCUUCAGCUGCAAAGGUCCAAGGUUGUACAGUAUCAGGUUCUGGAAUGCACGUUUUGACACAAGAAUCAGGAGUGCCAGCACAGUACUCAACAAUUCUGGUGAACAAUAGCCAUGGAGCACACACCACCUAUAAUCAACAUCCAAAAUGUGACUCUCCUGUUGAUGGAGGAUAUCAUUCCAUGAUGAAUCCAUAUCAUAAUCUUGGUGUAUCUGGUACACAUAGCCCUGAUCAGUUUUCUGUAGAUAAAGAAUACAGACUCGACCAUGUAGGUUCUGAUUGUAGUAGUGAAGGUAGUAUUAGCUGUGGCAGCAGCGAUUCAUAUGUUGGCUAUAAUGAACGAGCCUACCCAAGUUCUCCAGUUACAGUGCUUGAGGAAAAUCUUAAAUGUCACCAAUAUCAUAAUCGACAUCAGCCCUUUCUUUGUGGUUAUCAUGAUCCUGUAACAAGAGUACAAAGUUAUGGCCAAGAAGAGCAAAAACCACUACACAAAACUUCAGCUUCUUGUAUGGCAUCACAUUUACAACAUCCGGUAAUUGGAGCCCGCUCCAGUUGUCCGAGUGAAUAUUGCCCAGUACCCCUCAAUGCCCAGCAUCCACAAAACAUGCAUAUGGGGAGAGCUCUAGGAACUACAAGAAUAGAAAGUUUUUCAGAUUCACGUUUGUAUGAAAACCUGCCAGUGAGACACAGAAAACCUUACACAGGUCAGGAAACAUUUGCCAGUUGGAACAGGCUUGGCUAUGGUUUGGAUUCUUAUGGUUAUGCACAAGGAUAUUCAUUACCAAACAAUCCAACUCAGCCAUGUUAUGAUCAGUUCACAUUCCAAAGUUUACCUGAGAAAAGGGAGCAGACUUGGAGGAUGCCAUGGAAUGGCUUACCUCCUGAACCUCUAAAUCCACAAAGGUUACAGGAUGCCCGUGACAAGAUCUUUAUAAAUCUGUGCAACAUAUUUCCAGCUGACCUUGUGCGGGUGGUAAUGAAAAGAAAUCCUCACAUGAUUGAUGCCCAGCAACUUGCUGCAGUGAUUCUAGCGGAAAAGUCAAAACUGGGUUAUUGAAUUGAAAUGCAUCAUUUUGAUGUUUUUAUUUCUCAGCACGAAGGCUGAGUUUGCUCGCAUUUGAGAUUCUUCAAACAAGGAGAUAAAAUUAGAGUAUAUAGUACAAAGCAGUACCCUCUGCAAAGGGAAUUCUUCAUGUGUUUUUAUCAACAAGUUUUAGAAUUAUUGUGUUAUUUAAAGCUAGUUUGCUACAGGAAACAAAAUGUAUAUGCUAAAGCACCUUUUUAAAAAAGUUAAAUACUGGCGAUUUGAUCUAUUGUCUCCAUAAUAUAUUGCAGCUUUAACAUGAAGAUAUAAGUAGGAAGUCUGAUAUUUUACUCAAAACAAUACAUUUAGUAGCUUAUGGCACUUUUCCUUUUAGCAUUUUGAGAAUGUGUUGGUGGUAAAGACUUGUAUUGGCAGGUUUCAGCCUUAUCACUAACUGAAUACUAUAGUAUGAUCCAAAAUGUUUGCUGACCUUUAAUUAAUGGUCAUUCCUAGUUGGUCAGGCGUAACAGUUAUUAUUUGAUAUUAAUAGAUACUAAGUUUUGAGGUUGCAAUAAAAAAAUUUUAAAUUAGUUUAAGCAUUUUAAGAUUUAUCUUUUACUGAUUUUUAUUAAUGGACUCAGGCUGUGAUAUUAUGAGAGGGCCUGAUUUAUCUUGCCACAAUUUUUUUUUAAAAAACUAGAAACAAACAGAUUGUUUAGUUUAAGUGUUGUUUCUGGUAUUUUUAAUGGACUUUGCUAGCUGCAAUGUUGUAUUCAUCCUAGGAGUAGUGUUUUUGACUGUCUAUUCUGUUUGGCUGUUGAAUGCAUUUCAGCUUUAAGCAAAGUCCUGAUUGGCCAGAAAUGACCUUUCAUUGUUGAUACAAAUUGUAUCUUUUUUAAAAUAAAAUUACAGUACAGUUUUAAAUAUAUUUAGUAUUACUGUAAAUACACAAAUGUGUGUACACGUAAUUAGGGACCAUUUGGGCAACAUUUUACCAGAUCUUUGAAAUUGUAUAUCAGUUUGUCGAAUUUUUGUUUUAUUGGUUUUCAUUGGUUGGAAAGCAUUCAAGUUAAAACCAUGCAUCCCGCACAGCAAAAUCUUGUAUUUGUGCAAGUAGAAAUGAAAACCCAAUUGUUUUUUUUAAAAAAAGUACCGCGUCUAAUGUGCAAUUGCAAAAGUAAUUCUUUUUCUCACUGUUUCGGCAUAAUCCUGUAGUUACAGCUUUUGAGUUUCAGCUCUGACCGAUCAAUCAUCUGUUGAAUUUGUAAUGUGUCUCUUUGUCUUCAUGGCCAGGCUGCAAAAUGGGAUGUCACCCUGUGGGGGACUGUUAACUGAAAUUUUAAAUGUAGUUAUAGCUCUAUACUGUUAUCCUCUGAAACAAGCAGAUUACCAGUUAGCUAAAAGGUAUAGUUGUAAUUUGUGAAGAAUUACUGUAAUCAAGUAUAAUUUCAAUUGAAGGUGAUAGGAUGAGCCUCAAUUUAAAGCAAAACUACUGAAAGGAAAUAAAAUGUAACAUUACAGCCUAAUCAAAUCUCCUCCAUGAUAUUUAUGCUUCUUAAUGAUCUCAUACAUUUGAAAGGGAAAUAUAAGGAAUAAGAGCAUGUUGGCCAUCCCCCAUGAACCUCUUCCACCAUUCAUUAAAAUCAUGGCAAUCUUCUAUUUUAGUUCCAUCUUGCUGCAUUUGUUCUCAUCCAUUAAUUUGCUUAAGCAAAAAUUAAUCUGUCUGUCAUGUGAAUGUAUUCAACGAUGACAACAUUGAUUGUUCUCUGCAUUGAUGAUUCAAAGAAUCAACAGUUUGUGUAAAGAAAUUUCUCCUCAUCACUUUUCUAAAUGGCCAACCCUUUAUUUUGACACUGUGGCCCCUAGUUUUAGAGUCCAAAGCCAGCAUCUAUCUAUUCACAUCCCUUGAGAAUUUUAAAUAUUUUGGUGAUAACUCUCAUAAACAUGGGAAUAAGAGGCAUCGACCACACAACCUUUGUUGUACUUCCAAGGCAACGAAACCAAAAUUGCAGUAGUCUAGGUAUGAUCUCACCUAGGCCCUCUACAAAUGUGGUUAGACUUCAUUUUUAUAUUCCAAUCCUUUCGUAAUAAAAGCUAAACUGACGUUUCAAUAAACUUGCUAAAUUUGAGUCUAAGGACAUCCGGGUCCCUCUAAAUGUUAAUGUUUCCCAGUUUUAAAAAAAGCAAGGUAAUGCAUGUGUCGGUGCUCUAAAAUGAAAAUAGAAAAUGCUGAAAUGAUUUGGUAAUAUCGGUGGGGAGGAAAACCUGUUUCUCUUUCCACAGAUGCUGCCUGAUUAGUUGACCUCUUGCCUUGUUUCUCAUUUUAAUGCUGAUAACUUCAGACAUCCCCCACCGUUUAGAUUUGCCCACCCACUCAUUUUUUGUAAUCUGUGUCUACCUCAUGAUAGAUGAAAAAGCAAGCCUUAUUGUCACCAUCUUUAAAACCAUUACAGUCUGUGUUGUCAAAGUUGGAAAUUAUAUACUGUAUUCAUUCACCAUUUUUCCUUAUUGAAAGCCGUAGAAACAACAGAUUUCAGUGCAUUUUAAGAGUUAUCAGCUGUCCAGUAAUGAAGUAGAAUCGACCAGUGCUAGGCAAUGAUCAUUUUUUCUUUGAUCCCUCCUUAAGUAAAAUAUGGAUUCCAUGCAGCAUACCAUCUUGCAGUCUGCUUAGAAAGCCAAUGAAGCCUACAAAUUUGAAUGGACGUUUCCAUUAAUUGUGUAUUAUAAAACUAAGUCAAGCAGGAGAAAAAAUGAAAAUUUCAGGGAACUUGGUAAAAUGGUUCCAAAACCAUGUCCAAACACACCUAAUAGAAUAACCUUUACACUACUUGUGUGACACUAUGUGUCACACUAAGUAGACUUUGGGUAUGAAUGCUUUUUUAACAGGGCAUUGAGCUUAUAGCCAUAACUGAUACUCUGAACCAUGUUCAGCACAUAUCCAUAACAAGUUGUUGUAUACAAUAAUAGUAAUUGUUAGUUUCCUUGCUCAGCUACAACAUUGUUGAUUUUUGAAUUGCACACAUUCUACAGUACCAUUUAUAAACCUUCAUUUGUAUUGGUACUAUAAAAUCUAAUAUGUCUGUUGCAAAGUUAUUGAUGUUUUCAUAUAUUUGGGUAAAGAUUAAAAUUUUGAGAUAUUUGUUAAUAAUUACCACCCCUUUCCUGCAUUUAGGUGCCAUAUCCUUUGGUGCCAAAUGACUAAUUUAUCAAAUAGUUUUCAAAUGUAACAGUUUAUUGAUUGUAUCAUUUUGUAUUCUACAAUUUCAAGGCAUAUUUGUCAACAUUUUCAAACUUCAAUUAGUUGUUUUUAUUACACCUUACAUUCAAAUGUAGAUAUCUGCUUUAAAAAAUUUAAGCAUGUUAGGGUUGUGAUGUCACGCAGAUAUUAUGCACAGUUAUUGUUGUAGUCCAGCUUUAACUCUAAUAGAUCUGCUUGUGAUAAAUUAGUUUUGAUGUUUGUGUGAAUAUCCAGCCACACAAAUUAAAAUACUUUUCCAAUUACCUCUCUAUAUUUUAAUGUUAGACAAAACUGAGGUUUGUUAUUCCAUUGAAUUUUAAUCUUGUCAACAAUUUUUAUUACUUUUCAAUACAUUAUCCAUAAUUACUUUUAUGUUAGGUUUCAUCAAUUAUAAGAAUUUCCUGGUCUAUUUUAACAUCUUGAGCUUAUUUUUAUCCCUUGUAAGUAGAAACAGGAAAUCUAAAUGAAACCUGAAAGGAUGCUUGCUGGUGAUUGAUAAAAUUCAAUGACAAUUUAUUGUACUUAUAUCUACCAAAAGUGACAUGUUGUUCAUUUUGUUACUGUUGUGCCCCACUAUGUCUACGUGGUAAGGGGAUAGUGGUGAGAAUAUUAAAAUUCCUAAUACAAAUAUUUCCAUGGCACUUGCACUGGUGAUAUCUUAUAAGCAUAUUUAUAACUUGCAAUAAUUAUGUAUGUAUACAUUUUAAAUGGCAUGAUAGAUUAUUGCACAACAUGUAAAAUAGGUUAGAGUAAAAUAGCCAUAAAUUGCUAUAAGCUGCUUUACACACCUUUUAUAGUAAACUUGUAGUCAUAACUUUAUGAAGGGGUUAUAUUGAAGGUCUGAGCUGAUUUAUGCAAUAAUUAAAUUAGUCUGUUUGUAAUCUCAUCUUAAUUGUUUACUGCUAAAUUAUUGCAGUUUUUUGUGUAAUGUUUAGUAGUGUAAAUAUAUUACUUUUGCUUAUUUAUUAUUCUUCGUCAGCUUUAAAAUUCAUAACUGAAACCUAAUUGUAUAGGGAUUGGGCCAUUUGUUAUUCUGUGCGCACUGUCAAAAAUUUGGGUUGAAUUCUAAUCUGUUAUUGCAAUAUCCUAGCUUUGUUUGUAUUGUACAGAAUCAGUUUUAAAUAUCUUAGAAGUUGCAUGUACAGUGUUUUAACUUGACAUAGAGAAAUUGUUUUCUUCCACAUUAGAAACUAUAGGCAAAUUUCUGGAAUAAAAAUAAAAACACCUUUUUAUUAGUGCCUUGAAUUGUGCAACUUUUGAAAUUGCAGAUUCUGCUACUAACUUGCCUUUUCUUCACAUUAUUUGGCACACUCAGUCGUAUUUUAAAUCUAUUUUAAUAACAAUAUCAUUCUUCCAUUUUCUGUCACCUUUCUCCUUCCAAAUUUACUAAUAGAGGUAGUUUUAUGAUUGAGCUGCUAAUCACACGUUGUAAUUCCAGUUGAAUAAUUACAAAGAGACCUUGGAGUGUAGGUUCAUAGCUCCUUGAAAGUGGAGUUGCAGGUAGAUAGCAUU